AUGUCCAAGAUUGACCAGAGAGGUACACCUUCAGUUAUUAAUCGGAGGUGUAACCCACGGAUUCCUAAUUUGCAGCAUAAUAGGGCUGGGGACAAUUCUGAUUCUUGCCAUUCUGGGUUUGAUUCUCCACGUGGUUCAACGUCUUCGCGCAGUGAAGGAGGAGAGAGUAGUGGCCUGAAAGGACUUCGCUAUGACCCUCAACAGUUACAAAACAAGGACUCCUUCUCGGGGCCCUCCCACUUACACUAUACAGCUGGAGGGUCUCACUAUGAUGAUGUGGCCAUCUUUAAAAGUGCAGAGCCUUGUUCCCAUGUCUCAAGCUCUACAGACAGUGGCUAUGGACAUGUUUAUGAAAAAGUUGAUGUCCUUAUGCAACCAUCUGGCUUCUCCAAUGCCAACAAUUCAAAGAUGUCAUCUCCAAGACAUUCAUAUCGCCCAAACUCUGCGGACGAGCGUAGUUCCUACACUCCAUCUGCCAGUGAUUUUUCUAGUCCACCUCCAUCAAGGGAGAUCACUCCUAGUCGAUGUGUGGAGGCUGCAUACCAUCAACAACAGCAUCAGCAAGAUAAUUGGUAUCAAUAUGAACAGACAAAUGUGGUAUGUAGAAAUAGCAGUAUCUAUCUAUCUUACAUUUUUCAGUCCUUUAUAGCUGGUGGCAUUGGUUCCUAUGGUAACCCUUUCAAGCCUGAUGACAUGGGAAUUUUUGUAACCAAAGUCCAAGCAGAAGGUCCAGCCAUGAACCAUUUAUUUCCAGGAGAUAAAAUUCUCAAGGUUAAUGGAACUGACUUUGCUUGCAUUGAACAUGAUCGGGCUGUGGCCGUGUUGAAAAACGGCAAUCCAGUACAUAUGUUUGUGCAGCGACAAUGA